AUGCUGAGUUCUGAGGAGCUCAAUAAAUUUAACGAUGAAGGCUGCGUUGUCAUUGAAAAUUUCUUGAGUAAAGAGCAAGUGUCAGAACUAGUCCAAGAGGCAGAUCGGCUACUUGCAAAGAUAGAUAUUAAAACUCAUCCUCUUACAAAGUUCAGCACCGCAGAGGAUGACGAUAAUCAUGUGGGAGAUAAGUAUUUUUUGGAGUCGAGCGACAGAAUUCAUUACUUUUUUGAAGUGGAGGCGUUUGAUGAAGAUGGAAAAUUAACCAAGCCUGUGGAGAAGGCAAUUAACAAGAUUGGUCAUGGUUUACAUUUUUUGAAUGAAAAAUAUGCUGCGAUCACCAUUAAUGAACGUAUAAGUUCAAUUGCUAGACAAUUGAAGUUCCACGAUCCAAGAGUGUUGCAGAGCAUGCUGAUUCUUAAACAGCCUGAAAUUGGGGGGAAAGUGCCAUCCCACCAAGAUGGUGAGUUUUUAUUUACGGAGCCCCAGUCUUGCAUAGGGUUUUGGUUUGCCCUAGAGGACUGUACAGUAGAUAAUGGCUGCCUUAGUUUUAUUCCUGGGUCCCAUAAAGUAUUUCCUGUCGAAAAGAGAUUUGUGAAAGACUUGAAGAAGGGUUCAGGAACAAAAUUUGUGGACCCAAAAACUCUUGAAGAUUGGAGUCUGGACACGAGUUCUGAAAGCUAUAUCCAGAAAAAUGAUGAGUCUCAGUUUGUGAAAGUCGAAAUACCUGCUGGAUCUCUGGUAUUGAUUCACAAUUCGGUGGUUCAUAAAUCGGAGAAAAACACAAGUGGAAAAUCCAGAUAUGCUUAUACUUUUCAUUGUAUUGAGGGGACUGCCGAAUACGACGAAUUGAACUGGUUACAAAUUCCUCCAAACAAUCCGUCAGGAACAUCGCAGAUCACCAAACUGUGCACUUAA